GGAAAACAACAGCUCACCUUGAAUAACCCUUUGUGAGAAACCAGUUACUCCAGUUCGCAGUUUGAAAAUCUUGUUGCUGUUUCUUCCAGCUUCCUCUUGCAGGUGCUCCCGAGGUUUGUCACGAUGCAUAAAUCCCAGAGGUGCACAGUGUUCUACAAACCAGUUGGAGAUGUGACAGAAAUCAGGUCGGGGUAUCUGUUCAAGUCUCCUCCCGCCAAACAAUUUAAGACAGAGAAAUCGUGGAAGAGGAGAUACUUUGUGCUGUUCAGAGUGAGCAGCGAUGGACAUCAGCUGAAGUACUUCAAGAGUGCGGAGGAAAAGGAGAAGCCACUUGGAGGGAUAGAUUUGGAACAUGUCUCACUGUUGUACGUGAGCCCUCAGCAGCACCAGAAGUGGGAAUGGGUCCAGAAGAUGUUCAAGUGCCCCCCAUCCUGCGUGCUAUACAUCAGUGCCGCCGGGCGAGACUACUACCUGGUCGGGGAGAACAGUGAUGAAGUGGACCUGUGGUUCUCUGACCUGUAUGACGCCCUGAAAAACAGGCCACAUAAAUUAUUGAAUUCCGAGGAGUUGUUUAAUGGGCAGCAAACAGCUACGGAUGUGUCAAAACCAAUUAUGCAGAAAAACAAUUCAGCCAUCGUGUGUGAAAAGCAAUCACCACAACUACGGCCCGUCUCUGACCCGUUGUCCAAUAGCUUUAACAACACUGACAAAUCAAAGUUGAAACAUCUUGACAUUAUUUGCUGCUCUCUGAUUGGCCAGCAGAGUGAAUAUUGCUCCAAGAGACGUGUAUCAGAUCCCAUGAAUCUGAUCUAUGACGUCCCGAGAUCCCACCAGGUCGAGGCAGAUGAUUUGUCCUGCAGCAAGGCAAAUGGUUCAACCCGCAGCAUGGAUUGUCUAUAUGAAACGAUGAAGGGACUGCACAAUAAGGGCUGUGAGGUGAAGGAGGACCCGCCUGGGACCCUGAUGAGGUCUGUCGCUCAGGUCUUUGACAGACAUAAGACCCAGAUUUCACCACUCAGCGAGGAGGAACAAGCUGACGACAGGGAAGACAAGCAUCCUUCAGACGUCAGCGACAGCAGCAGCGACAGCGACGACGGGGGCACCUCCCCUGUCAAGACGCUGGAGAGUCGGAAUGUGCCCGCCCUGGAGAAGCCAACCUCCACAGAGAGUCUCGACCACACCAUCCCAGAGGAAAGAGAUAUUGAGGUCAAGCAGGUAGAUUUGAAAAAGCACCUGACACUAACAGAGUUGGAUGGGAAACCAAGUGUCUCUGCGUGGACAGGCCAGCCACAGACAGAGUGUCUCUUCCACAAAGGAGACCAAGUUCUUGCAAUCAAUGACCUGCACAUCGGCAGCGUGACAGAGUUCAACACGUACGUGAGCAAGUCGCUGAAGAAUGAGGUGAAACUCACCCUCCUGCGUCUCCCUGGACAUCUGCCUCUGCAUUGCACAAACUGCCCCUGCAACGGCUGACGGACAACGGACCACUAGAGUUGGAAUCAACUUCUCCUCUUGUGUCUGGGUGUGAUUAAGUGACUCUUUGAGGCGCCUCCUGCCUAUAGCUGGGUUUGUGCCAUGUAGAUCACAGUAUUUCUCCAGGGUUUUGGUGAUUUCCUACUUACCUGUCCCCCGUCUAGUUAAUGACUUUAAAAACCUACAAGAGCCUCAAUUGAAGGUAAAUAGGACAAAUGAAGGAUAUAACGACUGCAGUUUGAUUGUGUGUAUCUGCUUUGAAAAGACUAUCUGUGCACUACAAGAUAAAUAUAUCUUUAAAUGUGAAAUAAUCAGUAAGACUAUUUAUUCUGCACCUGUACCUCAAGAAUCUUUAAAAAGAGAUAAAUACUUAUAAUACAAAUCACUGAUUAUGUUGUAACGAAAAGAAUCACUUCCUCCUUGUACAGAUUAUUUUCCAUUUUGUUCUCUGUCUAUGUGUCUGUUUUGGCCAAAUUUGUAUCAUAUAAUAAAUACUGUACAUAUAGUAUCUGAAACACAGCUUAUGGAAAUGUUUGUUUGAUGCUGGAAUUGUAAAAAGGUAAUGUUGUGCUUUGAAAGAAAAACAAAACAAAAGCUUCUAGACCCAAAGUUCGUUAUGUACGUGAGAUUAAAAUGAAGUGCACCGUUUUUAACUUAAUCCUUUUCUAUCUUGAAAAUACUUGGGGAUGAAUAACAAAAGAAAAAAGAAGUAGGGAGAGACCAGUGACGUCCGCACCCCAGGUCGAGACUCUUAUGGAUUAAUAUGCAGCAGAAUGGCGUUUCACCUCAGGCUGCGUUUCACCCCAUUUCUCUCUGAUUUGAAACAGAAAUGUAAUUUUAAUAUAAAUAGGGGAAGCUGGUUUUCCUUAUAUAGUUCAUGUCUAGUGACCGAGACCUCUCAAGAACAAAGGCAACAUCAAGCGGACAAUAUCUGCAGGGCCUGUAUUAAAAGUGCUGAGCGGCAUUUAUAUUUAGAAUACCUUUUUAAUAUAUAGGUCCAGUGACCAGUGUCCCCAUAGAGCAAGGACAAAGCCUCUACACUUAGAUUACAUUCACACCACUGCUCCCCUCAGGGUAAUGAAUCCAUCAAUCCAAGGUUAACGUUUCAACUUUUAAUGGAGCUAAUGCACAGAUAUGAGAAAAAGCACAUUUUUAUUUUUUUACAUCCAUUCUUAACUGUGAUAUUAAAGCUGUGCUCGAAGACUAAUUCACUCUCUUGUAAAUAAAUCCGUCCUUUUUCCCCUGAGUGUGUGACAAAAGCAGCUUGUACUGGGACAAUAAAUCUGUUGAAAUGAUUCCGAAUAAAAUUUUGACCAGAUUAUUAAAACACUGA